GGUAUUUUAUGAAUUUAUUCUCUCUUUCUUGGUUUGUUGCACCCAUCAUUGUAGUUUCUUUGCAAUUUGUUGGAUUUCUUGGUUUACUUUCAUAUGUAUAGGUAAAUAAGAAUUCUGAAUUUAUGGCCGAAUGAGGCUAUGGGAUGCUACCAUCAAUAUCUAAUGCUAUAUAUCAAUCUGCAUCUUGCCACUUCAUCUGCAUUAUUGUAUAAGGCAUCGGAGGAAAACCGAGUUUUUUUCUUUAAAAAAAAUGGCUUCUUCUAGCGGGCAAGGUAGAGCUUCAGGAAGCCAGCGUACUCCACAUCUGGCAAAUGAUACUGAGGGCGAGAAUCCUCCAUCGAAUUCUGAUACUGUCACCACAGAGGAGCAAGGUGAAGGCGAGCAUUCUGCAAGCAAUCAGUUGGACCCUAAUACGCUAUGGUUUGACAAUAACAAAGUCACUCGAUCUAUUACGGAAUGUUUCAAAGAGCACUACGUUGAGCCAUGUAGAAAUUGGACUGAAACAAGUCAAUCAACAAAAGAUCAUUGGUUUAAUCUUUUCAAGCGUAAAUACUCUUGGCGCUCGGAGUUGGAUUCGCAAGUAAGACAAGGCUUUCAACGCAAAGCAGCUAAAAGACUCAAAGACAUGCAUCAUUGGGUGACAUCGAAGAGAAAAGGUGUAAGACCAAUAUGGAUGCCGGAGGAAAUACACCAACAACUUAUGCAAAAAACAAAAGAGGAUGAGUUUAAGAAAAAAUCUGAACAAGCAAAAAAGAACAAGAGAGGAGGAUGCUGGAAGGUGUUGUGGAACCUGGACAUUGUCAAGGUUCAAUUUCUACAGCCGAGUAUGCAAGAAGGAUGGCUGCAAAAAAUGGAGGAGUAUUGCCAAAAGCUGCUGAUAUUUAUUUGGAGACGCAUUCAAAGGAACGACAACCCGGCCAAGGCAAGCAACUCAUUGGCUCCAAAUCAAAACAAAUCAUGGUUAGUGUACUUCAUUUGCUCCAAUAACAAAUUAUAAAUAUAUUUGGAUGGUUGGUUGGAUGACAUAAUAUAUUUUUUUUCUAGAAAUGCAAGUAUUUUAAGCAUUAAAGCUUCAUUAUUUUUUAUAUUGUUCGAUGUUUAAAUUAGUUAUAAUUUACUGCAUAGACAUCUUCACUAUAAAGAACUUCACAGUAGCAUGCAGAGUAAAGAAGUACGUAAAGAUCAAAAGAGUUGCACUAUCAAAAUUAAAAACCCAUCUAAAAUAAGAAAAUUUUAAUGGCUUAAGGUCUGCAGAUGUAACUCCUCUAAA